AUGUGCACAAGCUCAAUAGGCGGCGCGAGCCCUUGCUCAGGUUUGAUUUCGGGUUCCAACUUGUUGACGCGUCAAUUCUUGCUUGCAGACGCUCGGCCCGCCUCAGUUACAGUGAACCGGCUUGGAAGAGCAGAGGUGGCUGCCACUCGGGCUGCGACAAACCUAGCUGGCCCCGCCGUGUGGUUGGCCCCCGCCAUCGGAGCCGCAGGCGCUGCCAUGCCGGGCGCGAUUGCCGCUGGCCUCGCCGCCACGCUGCCCGCUGCCCUUGCCGCGGCUCUUCCCCCCGCCAUCACUGCAGCAGCCCCCGGAGUCAUGGGGCCGGUGGUUAUUGCAGCGGUCGCCGCAGCGAUGCCCCCCGCAGUAGGAGCAGCUAUUCCCCCUGCGGUGGCGGCAGCGAUGCCUCCGGCGGUGGCGGCAGCGGUGGGCCCCGCAGUGGCGGCAGCGGUGGGCCCCGCGGUGGCGGCAGCGGUGGGCCCGGCUGUGGCGGCGGCAGUUCUGAAUCUCGAGAACCUGAUCCGCUCGAGAGCCAAUCGGGCUGCCUUCAAUGGGCCCCCGAACAGCCCCUUGGAUCCCCUCCACCGCUUCAACGGUGCCCCCAGCCUUCCCCCCCCCGGGCAAUUCCCCGCCACCAUCGAUACCUUCGCCCAAUGGGCAGCGACUGGACCCGCACGUGCCAACAAUAAUGCUUCCAUUGAUAGUAACCUCAAUUUCUAUGCCAUCGUGGACCCGCUGACCGGAAUCACCUUUCCAGGAAUGAGCGCACUUGCAGCAGGGGCAGUCGGAGACAACGAGCUCGCUAGGAAGCACGAUCUCCUGCGCAGGCACAUAAUAGGACUUUGAAGUUGUUGAGGGACUCGCGAAUCAUUAGCGCCUCGAUCGUAAUCAUGAUGACAUAAUGAACGGAGAUCAACCGGAACGCAAACUCAAAUGUAGGACAUUAAAAGAUGGUCAGAAUUGCCUUUGUCAAAAGUGGUCAAGGUAACUUUACAAUCUAUACAAUACUUUGAUCCGGUGCUUUCAACAAUCUGGUGGCACUGGGGUGUGGAUAUUCAGUAUGCUAUCGAUCUAGACCUUGCUUGGUGUCGGAUUAUAAGAACAUUGGAGCUUACACACAAGAGACGAUUAAUUAUGUUUCUACGCUUUGGUUUUCCGGGC